GAGAAUUUUUAGUAGCGGUAAGCGGAGAAAACUUAGAAAAGUAUCAAUAAGCGUGUGUGAUUUAAUUUUUGUUGAAUUAUAAAAGUUAAAUAGAAAAAAUGUCUAGACGCGGAGGUGGACCUCAAGGAGAGGAUUUAUCUAAUGUUGAAUUUGAAACAAGUGAAGAUGUGGAAGUAAUACCAACGUUUCAUUCUAUGCAACUCAAGGAAGAGUUGCUUCGCGGAAUAUACGCAUAUGGUUUCGAAAAACCCUCUGCUAUUCAACAAAGGAGUAUUAUCCCUAUUGUGAAAGGAAGAGACGUAAUUGCACAAGCUCAAUCUGGUACUGGAAAAACUGCAACAUUUUCGAUAGCUAUUUUGCAGCAACUUGAUACAACUUUACGUGAAACACAAGUGUUAUGUUUGUCACCUACCAGAGAAUUGGCAGUACAAAUACAAAAAGUUAUAUUAGCUUUGGGAGACUUUAUGAAUGUACAAUGUCACGUUUGUAUCGGCGGCACAAAUUUAGGUGAAGAUAUUCGCAAACUUGACUAUGGUCAACAUAUUGUAAGUGGAACACCAGGACGAGUAUACGAUAUGAUUAAACGACGUGUUUUGCGCACUAGGGCAAUUAAGAUGUUAGUUUUAGAUGAAGCUGAUGAAAUGUUAAACAAAGGCUUUAAAGAACAAAUUUACGAUGUAUAUCGAUAUUUACCCCCUGCAACACAGGUUGUACUUAUAUCAGCUACUUUGCCCCAUGAAAUUUUAGAGAUGACUUCUAAAUUUAUGACAGACCCAAUCAGAAUAUUGGUUAAACGUGAUGAGUUGACCUUGGAAGGUAUUAAGCAAUUCUUUGUUGCUGUUGAACGAGAAGAAUGGAAAUUCGAUACGCUAUGUGACUUGUAUGAUACACUUACUAUAACUCAAGCUGUAAUAUUCUGUAACACGAAAAGAAAGGUGGAUUGGCUAACAGAAAAAAUGCGCGAAGCGAAUUUUACAGUAAGUUCGAUGCAUGGCGACAUGCCACAAAAAGAACGUGACGAUAUUAUGAAAGAUUUUCGUUCUGGUCAAAGUCGUGUACUAAUAACUACAGAUGUGUGGGCGAGAGGUAUCGAUGUACAGCAAGUAUCUUUAGUCAUUAAUUAUGAUUUACCAAAUAAUCGUGAGUUAUAUAUUCAUCGUAUUGGUCGUUCUGGCAGAUUUGGGAGAAAAGGUGUUGCAAUUAAUUUUGUUAAAUCGGACGAUAUUCGAAUUUUGCGUGAUAUUGAGCAAUAUUACUCUACGCAGAUUGACGAGAUGCCAAUGAAUGUUGCUGAUUUAAUUUAAGUUGAGUUAAAUAUUAUUUUGAAAAAUGUAAAAACAUUAAUUAAAUAUUUUAAUCAAGAGUGAAUUUUUAAUAAAAAUUUUCCAUUCCUAAAGUA